GCUCAUUAUUAGAGUGGACACACUAGAUUUAUAUAAUAGUUGCUUAAAUUUAAAGUGGCACCAAAAAAGAAAAAAAAAAGAUUAAAAAUCUUGUUUACAGACCAAACACCCCUUAUACCGUUAUUGAAAAAAAAAAAAAAAUGAGUGCGGAACUUAAUAAAGAUGGGAUUGCCUCCCGACAACGAACGAAUCAAAGCAACCAGACCAUGUAUAGAGAUCUAGUUAUUUUUGAAGAACGAUUGCGUGGCAACAUGACAAGACUUGUGAAAAGAAAGAGAAAAUACGAGACUUUGCUUGUCAGUCUAUUUGUUGUACUCACCUACUUUUUUUAUGCCGUCUUUUUCGACCCAAGCAAAGUCUUUAUGUUUCAUUUGUUAAACACAGUGGCUCUAUUAGCGGUUGCAGGAGGUCUCGUGUUCUUUUAUCGGUCGGGAAUGUACUCUGAGAAAAUCGUAUACGCACAAAAAUUUGUGCCCCAUUGUAAUAAUGCGCUACAGGCAUUUAACCUCGAAUUCAACCGAGGUGGUCUCAGUUUUUUGGAAAGAAUUCCUCGACAAUUUAAAGAAGGAUUUGAGUCCUACCGUAAGCAAUAUCAUCAACGCAAAAAAGCUAGACAAGCCAAACUAAAGAAAGCUCGCACCUAAUCCCUUUUCUUUCUUUCUUUUUUAUUUUUAUAAUUUAUAUAAUAAAACUUCUACA